GAAGUGGAUGGCCGUCUGUCCGGAAGGUGCGGGACUCCGAAGCGGCGGCAAAAAUGCUUGGAGCGAAAGCAGACUACCGGCUACCUACGGACUGCGCGCGCCGGAUAGUGGCAGAGGUGCAGGGCGCCCUGGAUUCUUGCGCCGAGCGGCAGCGACAGUUGGAGCGGAGCCUGCGCGUUUCCAGGCGGUUGCUACAAGUCUGGGAACCAGCCAGGGCCCUAGCUCCGGAGCCAGAAACCAAGGAAGAGGCCCCAACUCCAGCAUGCACACCGAGUGCUCAAGACCUCAGGGAACUGGAGCUUCUGACCCAGGCACUGGAGAAGGCUGUACGAGUGAGGAAAGGCCCGUCUAAGGCUGGACAAAGAGACAGAACCCCCAGCCUGACUUCUGCAUCUAAUGCAGCCGCUUCUGGUGCCACUGCCCCUACCCAUUCCCAUCCCUCCAGCCAGGUUGGCGGCCGUGCAUCAGGUGCCAGAUCCACCAAGGGUGCACAACGGGCCACAAUCCCUGCCAAGGACUACCCCAAGGGCAGACCUCUGUCAAGGGGAGAUAGGACCCAUAUGAGAACAGGAUCCCAAGCUGCCGGGUCUGGACCAGGCCUCAGGGACCAACAAAUGGCCCUAUCAGCUGUUCCUCGUGCCACAGAACCCUUCACACUGAAAGACAAGGGGACUCUCCUACAAUUACCUGCGGCAUUCAGGAAGGCGGCUUCCCAGAAUUCCCGUUUGUGGGCCCAGCUCAGUGCUGUACAAGCCAGUGACUCCACAGAUGCCACCAGAGCCGCCAAAGUGCAGUUCUUCCAAAAACUCCAGCUGGCUUCAGGCUGCUCCAGCCACAGGCCUGGUGCUGCUGAAGUAGAGGCUCAUGCCCAGAGCCUGAGGAAGGCCUGUACACUGCUGAGACUUCAUAUGCAGAAGGCACUGUCAGCAGCCCCCACUGACUGGACGCAGGAGUACCGAUGCCUGCUGGUGCUGGAAGGACUGCAGGCCGUUGUGGGACAGUGUCUCCACAGGAUCCAGGCGCUCCAGACAGCUGUGACAGGAGGGCUGCCAGGACCAUGUCUUGUGGAGAAGCCCAGCCAGGCCUCAUCACUCUGUGGAGGAAAGAUGGACCCUUCCUGGAACCCUGAGCUCCUUCUCUACUCUAGCACCAAGGAGCUGCAGACCGUGGCUACCUUGAAGCUUCACGUGGCCAUGUUAGACCAGCAGAUCCAUCUAGAAAAGGUUCUGAUGGCUGAACUCCUCCCUCUGAUAAACACCCAGGAGCCAGGAGGGCCACCUUGGCUGGCGCUGUGCCGGGCUGCAUACAGUCUGCUCUGUGAAGGAGGAUUUUAUCAAUUAAGGGGCUUGGAUACACCUAUAGUCUCACCACUGGGGAGGCUGAGGCAAGGCGAUCCUAAGUUCAAGGCCAGCCUGAAACCCUGUCUAAGAUUAAAUAAAUAAAGGAAAGAAUAUAUCAAGUAGAAUUUUCAAAAAUAUGACUGUCCUUCUGCAUAAGGGAGGGGAAAAACCAUUAACGCUUGCUCCCUGGGACCCUGACGUCUCUUCCCCGUGUGCACGCUGCACUGACCCUGACGUCUCUUCCCCGUGUGCACACUGCACUGACCCUGAUGUCUCUUCCCCAUGUGCACACUGCUGCACUGACCCUGGCGUCUCUUCCCCGUGUGCACACUGCUGCACUGAGCCUGUUAAAGACAACACCACCAUUAGCCGCCUCAGAACAGACUUGGCUCUGCCCACAGCCAUCCCAGGGUCCACCCUCACUCAUCAGGUAUUAGUUUUGUCGCAGCCUGUAGGGUCUCUGCGUCCUGCUCAGUGCCCACUCGUGGCAUUGUCACCUCAUUUGCCCACUAUUGUAAGAAUUGUCAGUUCCCUGGGAAGACGAGAAUGGGCAGGGGGCAGAAUGUGGGUUUCAGCGUGGAUUUCUUGCUUGGGAUUUUCUCAAAGAUUCUUUUUAUUUUCUUGGUUUUUCGAGACAAGGUUUCUCUGUGUAACAGCCCUCCCCUCACUGUCCUGGAACUUGCUCUGUAGGCCAGGCUGGCCCGUAAUUCACAGAGAUGCUCCUCUGCCUUCCAAGUGCUGGAAUUAAAGGCGUGCACCACCACCACCCAGCUCCUGCAAGAUUCUUAAGGACUCCCAGCCUCAGUUCCCCAGAGUUUUAAAAACCAUUUUAUUUUGGGUGCUGCAGAGGUAGCUCAGUGGUUAAGAGCAUCCACAUUAUGGCUACAGCUGCCUGUAACUCCAGUUCUAGGAGAUCUGGUGGGUUCUCUUAGCCUCAGUAAGCACUGGGCAUUGUGGUACACAUAUAUACAUGCAGGCACAACACCCCCAUAUGAUA